UGUGUUUACAACGAACGAUAAUUCAAUAAAUUCGCGAUCAGAUUUAAACCCACGUUGAUGCACGUCUUAUAUCAAUAUAGUAAUAGCUUAUACUUUGAAUAUUUACCGCACAAACGAAUGUUCUUCAAUGCAGUGUUUCUCCCGAAAUUAAUGUUUAUCUGUUGUUUUAAGUCGUGUGAAGAUAUCUAUUUAUAUUGUUUAUAACAAAGAUACUUGCAAUGUCCAUUUUUAACGCGCACCAGUUUUUAGGUGCAUUGUGUAAACGUUAUAUAAUUUCACUACCAUCAAUAAAUUUAUCUAGAACUCAAAAAAUUUUUAUUAUUUGUCUUACUGGAGGAUCAUUACUAUUAGGAGGUCUAGCACAGUUUUUAAAGAGACGUAGAAGACGUCCUUGUCCUUCUUCAAGAAAAACCCUAAGGGAGCUAAAACAAAGAUUUGCUGCUGCAAAGAGCUCUAAUUUUGAUGUAUUAUCACAAGCAUCAUGGGCAAGGAAAAGUGAAGCUAGCAGCAAAAGUCAUAUAAGUGAUCGAGCAUCACUUAUAUCUUCUGUUCCAGGGGGUCCAGAUGGUGACGUAAGACUUACGCCACAACAGUAUGGGGUUCUUGGAUUGGAGGCUCUGGAAAAAGCUCUCUAUUGCUGGGAGGAUGCUCUUACGGCGUUCAGCUCUUCAUUCAGUAAUGGUACACUCGCAUUACCGUCGGCGGCGGAUGCGGCAUUUACGCAAGAUGUGCAAGAACUCCUUGACAUGGGUUAUCAAAUUCAGAACCAUGCAGAACUCCUUUUUAUCGACCAACAUUCAGUAUUGUUCCGGAAUGAAGAUGAGGAAAGUAUAGAUAGCCACAAACCUUCGAACAUAGGUAGUAGAAUAUCCAGUAAGGAUAAAGCAGAUGCUGCGUCUUCUCCGGAAUCUUUUGAAUCUGCACGUGAUGGGGUAGCAGACUUACGGGAAUUUGAAGAAUUCUCCGAAUUUUUCCCGCACUUUGAAAAACAAAAAUUAUAUCACGCUGCACUCAAACAACACGAGGACAAAAGCAUUUUGUGCAGACGGUUACAUACAGAGUUAGUAAAGUGUGGCUCAGACAUAGAAUAUUUAGCAAAGGUACAUUGCUUGCGACAAGCGUAUACAAAAUUGUUCACUAUACCUUCUGCCAGAGAAUGGAUUGCGGACAUAGGCAGACAAGUCAUUAGUGAUUUGAUCAUGUAUGCAGACAGGGAUCCCAAAGAUUAUCUAACACAUUACGAACGAAUGUUAGAAUUUUUACAAGAGCCAAGCAACCAUAGUAUGAUGGAGGAGGAAUUAACCGGAAGAGGCGUUAAAUGUAUAAAUUUUUACGAUGUUCUGAUUGAUUUUAUUUUAUUAGAUGCUUUCGAAGAAGUUGAAAAACCGCCUUCAUCAAUUAAAGCUAUUUUACAAAACAGAUGGAUAUCCGCUAGUUUUCGUGAAACUGCCAUUGGAACUGCAGUUUGGUCAGUUCUUAUGGGUAAAAGACAAAUGCUGAAAUAUGAUAAAGGAUUUCUGGCCCAUUUUUACUCGAUUUCUGAACAAAUUUCUCCAGUGCUUGUAUGGGGUUUCCUAGGCCCAGAAGGAAGUCUACGUUCUACCUGCCACUAUUUCAGAGAUCAAGUAAUAGAAUUCCUUGUAGACAUAUUUAAUUUCUUUAAAGUAAGAUAUACUACUGUCGAUAACCUCGCUGAAGAUAUACUCAGGGAAAUGAAAGUAAGAGUCGAAAAUAUAAAUCAAAGACUUUCUCUAGAAGGUUGUUAAUCAUGCAUCAUAAACAUAAGCACUAUAUAGCAGUGACAAAUAUAUAUAGAAUGUUCCAACAGUCUUUACCCUUUCAUACUUGUUGCAAAUUAUCUGUCCAUAUCUAUGCACAUCAGUGCAACUAUUGUAUGAGUUCUAUGAAAGCUGAUAUUAUGAGUAAAAGAUAAUUGAAUUUA